CCACCGCCGACAUCCCAUCCCCUCCCACAUCAUCUUUUUUUCCAAUUCCUAACCAUUUCAGGAUUCAAGGAUGGCAUUCUUCGCUUCCCCAGCAUCCACUCCGUCGGUGAACGGUGGUUUAAAAGGAUACUCGGAUUUCUUUGCCUCUGGAUUCCGUGCAGUCUCUAGCGGCUACAGCGUCCCCGUCGUGCAACAGCGUCGUUCUCGACGGCCUACCUCCCUCAUCGCGACGCCCACGACUUCGUUCACUUCAGAGUCGGACUCGUCAAUCUCUGUCGUCGUCAACCUGAACCUCCCCGCAGACUCCCACAACUCCUCACCGCCACGACCAACUAGACGCCGACCCCUGUCAAUGUUCGCCACCAUGCCUACUAGGACCACUAGCCCUGCCUCGGCUGUGCCACCAUCUCACAAGCGAAGUACAUCAAGCGCUUCCGGUCGACGAAUCUUCGCAUCGUUAUCGAGCCGUUUCUUGGACCGGAUAUCCUUCACCAGCAGCAGCAAUGCAGUCCCUUCGGCUUCGACAUCAUCAUCUUCCGCUCCCGUACUCAAAACAAAACGCAGAUUCUCCAUCACGAGAACCUUGUCCGCUUCACGCUCCCCACCGAAAGAUGCUCAGUGGAUCUCUGCUGGGAGUUCUUCUCUAACUCCUUCUGCGCCUAAUGGAGGCCCUGAUACAACUGCAAGGUCACGGAUACCCGCAUCCCUGGACCCCUUUGAUUCUUCUCCAGAUUCAAAGUCAUGGUUCAUCGAUCUCUCGGACAGCAAUAGCUCACCGCGCCAUACUCCCAAACGCGACUCGUUCCUAUCAAUGUCGACCACAACGACCGGCACCUCGAACAACUCCAACUCCACUUCCAACUCCUCCUCCGCGCGCUCGCUGGUGCAUCUCAUCACAGCCAUGCCAACACUCCCUCCACGUUCUCAGAGAUCAUCUCUCCAGGUGAGCACUGGCAACAACGGCACCGGCGCCAACACUGCGCGCCGUGACGUCGGAGGGGUGCACAUACAGGAGAAAUCUGAUUUCUGGAUCUUGGAAGAAGAGGAGCUCGAGCCUGCUGGCGGCCUUGUCCUUCCCUAUCCCCACCCUCGAUCAUCUUCGUUUGUGGACGACGAGGUGUUCGACGAUUACGAGACGAGGGACGAUGCCGCUUGCAUUGAUUGGAGGCAGUUCCAUAAUGACCUCCUUAACGUGGUCGAUGCUUGAUUGUAUCACCACAUCCUACGACUUUUACACCAGGCGCUCAUGUCGCCUGACGCUUUACCCUUGCGCCGCUCAUCGGGUAUUCUUCAAGAUCGUACUUAUGCCUUAUGUUUUUUGUUAUGUAUCCCCAUCCAUCCUCCGCUAUCUAAGGACAACUUCCACUAUCUAUACACGACAUAUCUAAUCAUUCCCCUUCUAGUCGUCGAGUUUAUAUGGAUGGACUCUCUGUUGUAUUACUAGAUCUUACUACUCCUUUAGUACCUGUUCACGUUGUAUACUACUUAGAUCCCCAGUGUUGAACACGCAUAUUCUUCGCUUCUUCA